AUGGCCGCGUUGACCGCCACAGAAACUGUUUUCCGCGGAGGGACCAUAGCAUCUCCGCGCACUUGCGCAACCUCCGCCGCCCGUCCCUUCUACCUUUGCCCUCCUUGUCUCCCGGUACUUUGUCCCCCCCCUGCUCUGCGCGCUUUAACUGGCGGAUACUCAACGCCCGCCUCCUUCCGCCAAGCCCGCCUUUUGUCCCCGCACUCUCCGCCCUACCGCCUCCCCAUCCUCCCCGCGCACGGGCGGCGGGCGCUGCAACUUUCCCGCGCGGUGGAGUGGAUGAGCGACAGCAUGCUGCUUGCGCGGAAGGAGUCGGCGCAGCAGCACGUGGCGGAAGGGCCAACGGCGCAAGGCGCGACGAAGGCGGCGAAUGGGGAGAAGCUGGAAGUGGGGGAGGAAGAGAGCGAGGGCGGGAAUAUCCGCACACCCACGACUGAGUCGGUUCUGCUCCAGGCGUUCAACUGGGAGAGCUGGCGCGGCGAGAAGCAGCUGUGGUACGACGUGCUGAUGGCGCGCGCGGCGGAGGUGGCGGAUAUGGGCUUCACGGACGUGUGGCUGCCGCCGCCCUCCAAGGCCGUCGAUAAACAGGGCUACCUACCAUCGCAGCUUUACAACCUCGACGCAUCAAAGUACGGCGACGAAGUCCACCUGCGGCGGCUCAUCCGCCGUCUCCACUCUGCCCACGUGCGGUGCAUGGCGGACAUUGUCAUCAACCACCGCUGCGGGGACUUCCAGGACGCCCACGGCAACUGGACCAUCUUCGAGGGGGGAACCCCCGACGAGCGCCUCGACUGGGGGCCGUGGGCGAUCACUGCGGGGGACAUGCCGUACGGGGGUGACGGGAAGGCGGACACGGGGGAGGAUUACGGCGCGGCCCCGGAUAUUGACCACACGAACGCGCGCGUGCAGCGGGAUUUGAUCAACUGGCUGCUGUGGAUGAAGCGCGAGGUGGGGUUCGACGGGUGGCGCUUCGACUUUGCGAAGGGCUACGGCGCGGAGUUUGUCGGGAAGUAUUGCCGCGCGACGGAACCCACUCUAGCCGUUGGGGAGGUGUGGACUGCGAUGAGAUACGAUGGGGAUGGGCAGCUGGCGUGGAACCAGGACGCGCAUAGACAGGCGCUGGUGGACUGGGUGGAUGGCACGGGAGGCGUGUGCGCCGCGUUUGACUUUACUACCAAGGGGAUUCUGCAGCAGGCUGUGCAGGGGCAGCUGUGGCGGCUUAAGGACGGCGCGGGGAAGCCGCCAGGCAUGAUAGGGUACUGGCCGGCGCGGGCAGUGACGUUCAUAGACAACCACGACACGGGAAGCACGCAGAACUCGUGGCCGUUCCCUGCCGACAAGGCCAUGCAGGGCUAUGCGUACAUCCUCACCCACCCUGGCAUGCCCUGCGUUUUCUACGACCACGUGUUCACGUGGGGCCUUAAGAAACCCAUUCUGGAGCUCAUUGCAGUGCGGCAGCGCAACGGUAUCAGAGCCGACUCGCCCAUCCGCAUCCUUGCAGCAGAAUCCAACCUAUACGUGGCUGAAAUCGGCCCAGGGAAGGCCGAUAUGACAGUGAGCUGUGGAGAUUUUCUCGUGGGUGAGGUGGAAGGGAGGGUUGGACACGAGGAAGAAGGGGCAGGCGUUCUGGAAUAA